AUGGCAGUAUUUCAUGAUGAAGUGGAAAUCGAGGAUUUCACAUAUGACGAGAAAAAUGAAUUAUACCACUACCCAUGCCCUUGUGGUGAUCGAUUUGAAAUAACAAAGGAGAUGCUGGAAAUGGGAGAAGACGUAGCCACCUGCCCUAGCUGUUCCUUAAUUAUACGUGUUAUUUAUGAUCCAGAUCUAUUCACCAAUUUAGAAACAUUGACGACGUCACUUCCCGGAACAAUGAUAUCUGAUACUGCAUAG